CUUCAACCUUAUUAACCACCUCCUCCAGCUUCACUUUUAGACCAUCAGUUCCUUUAUAGACAUUUCAGCCCCGAGGAUGGCUUUGUAAAGGCACGAUAGUCCGCUCAAUAGUCCACCAUUUAUUGACACCCCCCCACAUCGACAACACCCGUCGCCUACAAUCUUCCCCUAUGGCCUCCAAGACACUGGAAGCGCGCCUCGAGCGCCUCUCUGUCAAAGAUGAAAACGACACCGGACAUAAUGGCAGUGGCUAUCUAAAGCCAAAGAGCUCUCUAUCAACAGCCAUGUCCCAUUCAGGUCUCGGAAAUGGGGGGCAGUACAACGCCUCUAACCGGUCUAAUCUGCUCAAGUUGGCUCUGCAAAACACAAAUGAGAACAAAGUCAAUGCGAUGAACGUUGGUCCAUCCCCAACCAAAAGCUCCCAGAAUACUCUACCCAGCCGUAACCUGGAUGAGAAUGGGGAACAACGGCACCCAAAUCCACUAUAUGACCAACCAUCACCCAAAAAGCUACAUCUUGGAAUGUUUGAGAUCGGGAAGCCUCUAGGCAAAGGGAAGUUUGGCAGAGUAUACCUGGCCAAGGAACGGUCUUCUGGUUUUGUGUGCGCGCUCAAGGUCUUACAUAAAUCUGAACUGCAGCAAGGUGGAGUGCAGAAGCAAGUCCGCCGAGAGAUUGAGAUUCAGAGCAAUCUCCGUCAUCCGAAUGUCCUCAGGCUCUAUGGUCAUUUCCACGACAGCAAACGGAUCUUUUUGAUUCUUGAAUUUGCCGGCCGGGGGGAGUUGUACAAGCACCUUCGAAAGGAACAUCGAUUCCCUGAAUGGAAGGCUGCUCAGUACAUUGCUCAAAUGGCUGCCGCCCUAAAAUAUCUUCACAAGAAGCAUGUCAUGCAUCGUGACAUCAAACCCGAGAAUAUCCUUGUUGGUAUCCACGGCGAAAUCAAAAUUAGUGACUUUGGUUGGAGUGUACACGCACCGAAUAACAGGAGGCAAACUAUGUGCGGAACAUUGGAUUACUUGCCCCCCGAGAUGCUCAAGCCGGGCUCACAGGACAACUACUACAGCGAGAAGGUGGAUUUGUGGAGCUUGGGUGUAUUGACCUAUGAGUUCCUUGUUGGAGAAGCUCCUUUUGAAGACACCCCUGUUAUGACCCAAAGGCGAAUUGCAAGAGCGGAUAUGACAGUCCCCUCUUUCGUGAGCCCUGAGGCGAGGGAUCUGAUUAAAAGGCUCCUCGUUCUGGACCCAGAGAAGAGAAUCUCUCUCGAUGAAAUCCAACGGCAUCCUUGGAUCCUGAAACACUGUGUUAAGGAAGAACGCACCAUAAAGCGCAGUUCUGGUUCGUCCAAGGAACCCAAGGCAUAACUUGUUUUCCAUGCAUUUCAGGCGCUUUGGUGUUUAAAGGUGCUCUUCAGCCAUUCUCGGUCUUUCUUCCCCGGCUCUUUAGCAAGUGGCUCUUUCAACCUCCCUUUCUUUUGUGUGGAGUUCAACACGUCGGAGUUCCUUCUUAUGGUCAUCUUUCGGCUGCGGCGUUUGGUUCACUGGGUCUAUCAAUUGGUAUAUCUUUGCACGUGGCACAUCGAAUAUAAUACACUUUAGAGCUUGAU